AUGGCGCCCAAGAAGUGUUCUCCAGCAGGAAUCGCAGCAAAAGCAGCAGGAAGAAAACCAAAGCUGUCGGUAGCGAAGGCACGACUCGAAGCCAAUGUCAAGAGACAAAAGACAAGUCAUGAUGGCAAUGACUCUGCAGCGUUACCAAAUGAUCGUAAGGGUAGUGGGGGUCCGCUGAUCAGCGAUUUCAUGAUCAUGAUCCCAAAGCAAGAGCCUCAAGAGGACUCUUUUGCUGGGGAUGUGAUUUGCAAAGAAGAAGGCCCUCCAAGUCCCGUGGGCACAGUCACGCUCGAUUCCUUUGUCAAUGGUUUCCAGUCAGAGGGGGACUGGAAAACCAAAUUGCAAGAAUCCUGGAAAUCACUAGAUGAUGGCGACCUCGCAAGCCUGAUGCAACAGGCAGUGGAAUGUCCAAUGCUGAAGGAAUACAAGAUCCUCCAAGACACCAAGCCAAACAACCCAGUCGAUGAUUUCAAGCUGUUUGUACACUGGCUAGUUCAGAAGAAGGUUUCAAGCCGCAUCACAGCAUCAGCAGCAGCGUCUAUGUCAGAUAAACCCGUAUCCCCCGAACACAGGGGCGGAUUGCCAGAUGACACCGCAGAGCAACAGGCACCAACAGCAGCAGCCACAACACAGGAGCUGCACAACACAUCCAGCACGGCUUUGGAGGAAGCGGCAGAGACAGCAGCAGCACCUAUGGCAGAUCAACAUGACCCAGCAAAGCAGCAGGCAGCAACACAUCCAGCAGCAACACUGGACAAGAUGGGCAACACCCGCAGCACAGCUCCGCUGGAAACAGCAAACAAGCACAAAGCAACAUCAAUAUCAGCAGCAUCAGCAAAAACAGAUGUUGAGUUUGUUGAAGUGUUCUUGGAGGAUGAGGCAAAAUGUGUGGCAGCUGUGAAACAACACCACCUGUUUCCAGCAUACUUGAAAUUUUGUCAGAAACACAAACCGUUCAUUCACUUCGAUUGGACACACCCCGGAGAUGGAAAGCAAGUGGAUACUGUGAGAAACAUCAGACACUUCAACAGCUACCUCAAAAACGCAGAGGCACCGCUGCUUGAUAUCAGCAAACUCCUUCGGCAAUAUGAGGCCGCCAUGUUUGACUAUGACUCAACUGACGACUAUGUUUUUCCGGAUCUUCUUCUACGUGUACGCAGCCAUCCCAUGUUCAACGAGUUCAUUGAGGAUGUCUACACCAACAUUGAAGAGCCAAGAUACAUCCAGUCAGGAUGGACAUUCGGAAGCUGGCCACACAAUGAUUUCAAGAAGUUCAACACCUUCCUGAUACAGAAGGGCCAACCGCCAAUUGAUCUGGCUGAGGCAUGGCCGGCCAUUCUAGCCGGCUGGCACUAUGGGCUGAGUACUGCAGAACUUGAUUUGCUUUCUGAGGAGGAUUUUAUCAGUGCGCUCAGUGCAGCCCAAGGGCAUCCGUUGUUCAGGGAGUUUUGGUCUUCCCAGUUACUGGAGAAACCUCACCAGCCACGUUUUGCAUCAAGCAGUGCUCAUCAGGUUUCCAACCUUGAGAGCUUCGUGAUUUACCUCCGGGACACAGUCAAGGCCUACAUGAAGGCAGGAGUAGCUGGUGAAGAACACUUCAACAAGUAUUUUGGAAAGAUGGCGCCAGAGGAGACAGCAGGUGAGGGCAAACAGGAACAAGUAGAAGUAGAAGAAUCAAAACAGGCGGCUAUGGAAUGGGGGUCCAAUUGCGACCCGGAGUUCAUUGCAAACUCGUUGAUGAAUGAUGAGAAUUGCCCCUACUGCUUGGAAGAUGAGAUAUCCAGAGUGAAAAAAUUUGAGCAUUUUGCUGAGUAUUUUCACUUUCUGAAAAAAGAAGAGUUUGUGGAUGAUGAUUACAGCUACGGAGAUCCAGAAGGCGACCCGGUAGAGGACCUGGUGCACUUUCUUCGCUGGUUCCAGAAAUCCCCACAUUCCAAGAUCAAUACUGAGACAGUGACAAAGAGGCUUGAUCAGAAAGAAGCGGCAUGUAUGGGCGUUGGUGCUGAUGAUGGCCAGGUUGAUGAGAUUUCCGAACCUGGUGAUGUUUAUGAUGCUCGCAUUCCAGUAGCAGAGGCUGAAGAAUUGGUCCGGAGGGCCGUCGACGCUUAUCCAGAUCCAGAAGACGUGAUGGGAUCAGCUGCUGAGGUGUUUGAGGAUGCGAUGCGCUGUGCAGUGCAAGGUCUCAAGCCGGCCUUCAAUCUCGACAUGACAGAAACAGUGGCCAGCGUAAGCACCUUCAACGGGUGCUUGGAUGUGAUGGAACUCAAUCGCCCACAUUGGGUUGUGUUGGAAAAUGUUGAGUCGAUCGAGAGGGAAACCGAUGACUCCUCGGAAUCCAACCUGAAGCUUUGUAUCGAUGAGAUUGAGAAGCGCGGAUACGCUGUGGAGUGUAUUUUGCUAGAUGCAGAGUGGUUCGGGUUGCCCCAGAGCCGCCGGCGUGUCUACUUUGUUUGCUUGGAUUUGCGAAACCAAGACAUCGCUGUGAGUGCGGCAAGCUUCUUUGAAGAUGUGAAAACGCUGAUUCGCCAGAUGUACUUGGAAGAGAACUUUCUGUUGCCAGAUGAUGACCCAGCCUUAGCAGAACACUUUGAGUUUCUCUCCGACAGAGACGAUGUAGCGGACUCUGACGGUGGAUGGACAUCUUUGCAUAUGUCGGUUGCAGAGAAAAGAGGCAUCCCAUGGCCGCUCCAAAUUCCAAAGGCAGUGCAAGCAUCCAAAUGGUUCCCGCUCUUGACGAAGAGGGCUCGGGAGGUGGUGGGAUUUGCUGCCGAUGACAAGUACAGAAUGAAGAAGAAGGUGUCCGUUGCGGAUGUGUACCACUCCGCAAACCGUUACUCAACAGGAACCCGUUCAUUGCCGGUGAUCCUUCCAAGGAGCAUAGCCUGGUCCUUUGCAAAGCAAAGGCCACUCUUGGGAAGGGAGCUGUUGAGAUGCCAGGGACAUUCAUAUGAUCAUGACUUUCUGUCCAGCUUCACGGAAUCCCAGCUUGGGAAUUUGGCUGGCAACGCGUUUGCGGGAAACGUGAUUGUUGCAGUGGUGCUGGCGGUGAUGUGCAGCCUGCGAUACAGCAGCGAGUCAGAGAUGUCUGAAGCAGAGGAUAUUAGACAAAUGGUCCAGUACCGUGGCUACGACUCGGCGGGGAUCGGUGUCCAUGGUGUACCCAUCAAAGUGCGGAAGAAGGUGGGCAAGGCGCGGGCCUCGGACGGUGACUUCCGCCGAUCGGCUGCGAAGUCUCGGGGUGGGUUCGAGACUUUGCAGUUGGCACAGGAGGCGUAG